AUCAGCCUGAGGAAGUGCAGCUGAGCAAACAUUGCAGCUCUUUUCCUGCUUCCGCUGCUGCCCAGAGAAAGAAAAACAAAAAAAAAAACAGCCGUUAGAAGGGGGCUGAAAACAAAGUCGACUUUGAAGAGACAAUGCUCAGCUUCAGCCAUGCCUACAUUUUCUUCUACAAUCUGUUCCAGUUCUGUGGACACACGUGGAUUCUGACGAACAUGAUCGUCAGGUUUCUCACCUUCGGACAAGAUGCCCUCGCAGACACGUUUCACUCGGUCGGCUUGGUCAUGAGCCUCUGCCAGUUGCUCUCCGUCUUGGAGAUUUUCCACAUUGCUGACCGGAUUGAGAAAGCCAGACUGCUCCCGCGCCUCAUCCAAGUUUUGGAGAAGAACCUCCUCCUGCUCACGCUCAUCCGCUUAGACGAAGUUCAGAGCAAACCGGUGGUGUGCCUGCAGCUCUUCUUCUGGAACAUCUCCGACUUGCUCAGGUACCCUCACGAAGUGAUGUGCGUGAUGGACGCCCCCUCCGCCACCAUGCUGUGGGCCCGUUACACUCUGUGGAUCCCCGUAUACGUCCUCUCUGCCGUCACGGAAGGGGUGACGAUUUGCCAGGUGAUGCGUUACAUAGAGCAGGAAUCGUUGUUGGCGGGGAACGCAACGGCGGCGGCGCCCGUCCAUCGGCCGCUUGUCCUCGUGGUCUCGCUGCCGCUCCUCGCGAUGGGAGCUUCGCUCACAGUGUGGCAGUCGCUGAAGGAGAGGCAGCAUCAGCUGGAGAGGUGGGCCAAGAAGAUGAAAAGGAAGUGACUCGGAAAAAA